GAUCCAUGUCAUGCAUGCAUGAUAAUAAGAUCCAGACAUUAAAUAUGAAGAUCAUCCAGAAGAGGAAGUACACCUAUCCAUCCUAGGAGAUAUCAGAAACCCUCUUUAUCCAUGUUAUCUCGGCCUGUAGUUGGGGAGCACUCGGCCGUCAUACAUGUCAUCCCGGAAUCCAUACUUAAUCAACACUCCAACCAAGCAAAGGAAACCAAUCCCUUAUAUUGGAUCGAUAAAGACCCACUUCAAAUCAUGUGUAUAAAAGGUCCUAAUAGAAAAGGUCGAGGGCGCCUGGGCUCGAUAAUUAUUAUCAGCUUACUUAGGUACUUUCUAAAGACCCAUCUCGAUAUUCGCCACAAGUAUGUCCUCUAUUGAAAGUUUAGCAUCGUCCAUCACGGAACAAGUCUCGAGACUCUCGUCCUUGCUUCAAGGAGAGGGCUUGCCUUCUCCAACCUUUGAAGAGUCCGGAUUCAGGGAUUUCGAACGUGAAACGGACACGCCAACAGGAAAGGCAUUGCGGGAAGCACGCAACAAAAUACUUGGCACAGCCCAUGACCUCAUACGGUUGGUACAGGGUCCAACCGAGCAUAUUCUGACUUUAACUUGGGCGACCGCAGACACGGCAAACAUCGAUUUGAUUACCCGGCUGAGGAUCCCCGAACAUGUGCCACUAGGGUCGUCUAUAUCAAUCCAGGAACUCGCCGCUGUUAUACGCAUCCCUGAACCGUUACUAGCUCGAAUAGUACGAUAUGGGGUUGCCAACGGUGUGUUUGUCGAGGAAUCGCCUAACGUCAUUCGACAUUCAGCAUCGUCGGCUGCGCUGGUGCGGAACACGCACUUGACUAAUAUCGUACGAUUCGGAGCGGCAGAACUUGGGAAAGUCGUGAUAAAAAUACCGGAUGUAGUUGUGCUUAAGCGCGACGAUCCGGCGCACGCCCCCGACACUGCAUUCAACUUGGCAUACGGCACGGAGGAGUCAUUAUUUAGCUACUUCCACAGAAAUGAAACCGUAAAUAAGAAAUACCAUGAGUAUUUAGCGGCAAGAGUAAACACACCCAUGUGGUCUGUUGAUCGUCUGCGUGCAGCCUGGCCGUGGGAAUCCAAGGGAAAGGUUAAGGUAGUCGAUGUUGGUGGCUCUAGCGGUCAUACAGUCCUGGCAUUGGCGCCCUUAAUGCCUGACGCAACAUUCGUUGUCCAGGAUAACAAUCUCUCUUCGCUAGAGAUGGGACGACGCGCCGUUGCUGAAGAUCCGUCUCUGAAGUCGCGCGUUAGCUUUGAAGUGUAUAAUUUCUUCAACCCACAAACAGUUCAAGCCGAUAUCUAUAUAUACAGACAUAUUCUACACGAUUGGCAGGAUGAGGAUUCUGUUAAAAUCCUGUCCUCGCUGCUUCCGGCCCUAAAGCCAGGGGCGAGGAUUUUGAUCAGCGAGGGUAUUGUUCCGGAACCGCCUGCAAAGAGACUGAACACAUUGGCAAGCAAAAUGGUCCGGGUAGAAGAUACGUUUAUGCUCGGAGCGCAUGAUUCGCGUGAACGUACUGUCGCUGAAUUCGAGGCACUGUUCCAUCAAGUCAGCCCUGGAAGUUUUCGGCUCGUGGGCGUCACAUCGGGCGCUGAAGUCGGAGCUUUCCAAUCAUUGCUAGAAUUCGAAUUUGUUGGGACGAAGAACUAGUAUAGUAAUCACAUGCUUGGCAGCUUAUAUUGAGGCUUUAUCAUGCAGUUCAUUAGAUCUAGGCGAAAAGGGGGUAAACUUGGGCUACAUCUGAAUGCCGUUGCUCCCCGUCUCGUGGUUUUGCCUGCCAAUGGUCUAUUUUACGAGCAUGCAAAUGCUUACCUACCUAUUUAUCCUAUUUCAACUACCAACUAUAGACUAUCUCAACGAUUGAUAGAUCAUGCUUAUACUAUUAUAAGACUUAUGCUCUAUUAUAUUACCGCUGCAUCCUCCAACUUCUAAAAAGGAAACACAUCAAUCAGU